CAGUGGGACGGCGGCAUGGCGGCGGCUGCUGCGUACGGCCAGCACAGCGCUGCGACAACCGGCAAAAAGACCCACGGUGCCAGGGAGCACAGUCGGAGGAACCGGGAGAACUGCCGCCGGAGACAAGCUGCUCUGUUGUUUCUGAGUAACAUCUCUCUGGACGGACGGCCGGUCCAGAGUGAUGCACUCGACCACACAGACACCGACCUGGAGGGAGCUGUGUCCGGCUCUGCAGUGGCCGAGAUGUGCCCGGAGCUCCGUGACGCUGGACCCUACGGGACUUUCUCCGGUUUGGCAGCGGCAGUAAGCUGCGGGAACGUUAAUCCCUCCACGGCGCCGAGGAUGGGACACCUCAACAUACCGCCUAUCCUCGUCCUGCCGUCGGACACCGGGUUCAACGAUGCCGGCAGCGCAGAGGUGCUGCUGGAGUGCGCAUCGCCGGGGAACAGCAACCUGCUCUCCCCGUCAGCGUCCAGCGCCAGCAUGCUGCCGUCGCCUCUGGGACCGCGGAAGUCCUCCACACUGCUGUCUGUCCAAAGCUGCAACUCGGUGUCCUCAGAGCCGAGACAAAGGACUCGUAACCUCUCUGGUGGCUCUCCAAGACCUCGACACACCAAGAAGAUCCACUUCGUCAAAAAUAUGAAACAAUACGACACAAGAGGCAGCAGGAUUGUGCUCAUCUGUGCGAAGAGAUCUCUGUGUGCUGCCUUCUCUGUUCUGCCCUACGGAGAGAGCUUCUACCUCAGUGACCCCACAUUAAACCACACCAGGAGGAGGCACUCGUCCGGUAACAUCUCCACCACCCUGGAGAUGCUGCCGGGGCUGGAGGGUUUUCAACUGGACACCUACGGCAGGUCUGUGUCGUACGCCCAGUUCCUGUUUCCUACCAACGCCCUGGUGAGGCACAAGCCGUCGUCAACCAGCGACCUGACGCUACAGAUUCCGGUUUCAAGGAGUACACACAGCAUUCCAGGCAGGAGCUGCCCACCCAGCAGAUUAAACAGCACUGUGGGACUGGACCUGGGUCUUGAAGAAGUGACGGACUACGACCCUAGCCUCCUCAGUGACCCCCAGUGGCCUUGUGGGAAACACAAACGAGUGCUGAUCUUCGCCUCUUACAUGACAACAGUAAUAGAAUACGUCAAACCGUCGGAUCUGAAGAAAGACAUGAACGAGACGUUUAAGGAGAAGUAUCCUCACAUCAAACUCACUCUCAGCAAAAUACGCAGUCUGAAGAGAGAGAUGAGAGUAGUUGGGGAAGAUUGCGGCAUGCAGCCCGUCACCAUCGCCAUGGCAUUCGUCUACUUUGAGAAGUUGGUGCUGCAGGGUCGACUCAACAAACAGAACAGGAAGUUGGUGUCAGCUGCCUGCAUCCUACUGGCUGCUAAGAUCAGCAGUGACCUCAAGAAACAGGAGGUCAAACACCUCAUUGAUAAGCUGGAGGAGCGUUUCCGGAUCGGCAGGAGGGAGCUGAUAUCGUUUGAGUUCACCAUCCUGGUUGCCCUGGAGAUGGCGCUCUACCUACCUGAGAGCAAAGUCAUGCCACAUUACAGAAAGCUGGUGCAGCUGCAGCAGUCAUAGCUGUGACACACUGAUCCCCUCCCUCCAGGGACUCUCAGCAACUCCCGACUCCACACUAUGACGGACAGGUCCGUGUGAUGCCUGGCUCAGAGGUACUGCUCACAAUGCAGACACCAAAGUUCAUCCACACUGUGAUGGUAGUACGACAGCUCAACGGCACGGCAACACAGACAACACCGCCCUCUCUCCUCCCUCAAACACCAAAGUGAUGACACACUGUGAUCAAUGGUUCAGCAGCAGGACUGAUGCCUGGCUCAACAGCACCACGGGAAUCACUGAUGGUCAAGUUCAUUCAUAAAGCAAAACAAAAUAAUGUGCUUUCAUAUUCACAUCCGAGUUACUGCCAUGGAGUUUCCUAAUUUUGACGACUUUAGAGUUGACUGUUUGUGCAACACUGUGGGCCAAAGAGACUGAGACUGUGAUAACCAAGAAAUUGGAGAUAAAGGCUAAAAAUAGCCCUCGU